AUGUCCGACCUUCAAUUUUACUGCAGCGCCAUUCUGAUCGUCUUUAUUGGUUGGCGCCUUAAACCGUUUGUUCUAACGUUAACAUCAUCAACACGCAACGUGCCCGGCCCAAUUCUGGCACGUUUCACCCGGCUAUGGGAACUUCAUCUGCUUUUCAAAGACGAUUUUGCAACUGCUAAUAUUGCUCUACACAAGAAAUAUGGCUCUAUUGUUCGGCUCGCACCGAAUCGAUUCAGCAUCGCCGAUGGCGAAGCAGCUAAAGUUGUACUGGGUCAUGCCGGUGCAUUAGAUAAGUCGAACUACUACAACGCGUUUGGACCGCCCUUCAAAACCAAUAUGUUCACCGAGACCCAAAUUUCUGUCCAUGGAAAAAUGCGACGUCCUGUCGCCCAAUUGUACUCAAAUACGAACCUGUUGUCGUUCGAGCCGUUCGUAAACACAUGCAACAAGAUCCUGACCAAUCGACUAAAGGAACACGCGAGACUAGGUCAUCGAUUCGAUGUGAGGGAGCUCAUGCAAUUCUAUGCAUUCGAUGUGAUCGGCGAAAUAACCAUGGGCUCAAGAUUUGGUCUUAUGGAAGAUGAUUGUGACAAAACCGGUGUCAUCAGCGCUCUCGACGAGCAGAUCUUUCACGGAUCUACUGUUGGGCUUUUUCCCGAGAUACACCGGAUCAUGGGGUACGCGAUGGGCUUUCUGAAGCUAGAACCAGCAUUUAAAACGGUUCUGGAUUUCGUGAUCCUCAACAUACAAAACCGUGCUUCAGGAAAGACAAAGUCACCAGGAGACCGACAGGACUUUGUUGACAAGCUAUUACAGCUCGAGCGGGAUGGAAAGGCAACCAGAUUUGACACAAUAGAUGCCUGCGCUGCGAACGUCGUAGCAGGUUCCGAUACAACUGCGAUUUCGUUGACCGCUAUUUUCGCCAAUCUCUCCAUGCAUCCCGCCAUACUUGCCAGGUUGCGACGAGAACUCGACGACGCUACAAAAGCUGGCACGAUAUCGGACCCUGUUUCAUUCAAAGAAGCGCGGGAAUUACCGUAUCUCCAUGCUGUCAUGUAUGAAUCACUCCGCGUACAUCCAGCAAUCGCCGCACCUUUGGUACGCAUCGUCGGCAAGAAUGGUGCGCAGUUGGCAGGCCAAUACUUUCCACCCGGCUCGGAAGUCGGUGUCAAUUCCUGGGUCAUACAUCACAACGAAGAUAUUUUUGGGCCAGAUGCUUCUCAGUUCAAGCCAGAGCGUUGGCUUACUGAGGAUGCCAAGCAGCGUUCUUUCAUGGAGCGAAAUUUCCUUACUUUCGGAGCUGGACCGCGCACCUGCAUCGGUAAGAACGUCAGCUUGUUGGAAAUGUACAAGGUUAUUCCACAAAUUGUAAGGAAGUUCGAUUUUGUAGCUGACGAAGGUGGCUCGGCUUAUCACGGAUCUUUCUUCCUUUCCCGCUUCCACACCUACCAGUCCAAGUAUCUAUCAGCUCUUGCUAUCUUAGACGUCGGCUACAUCGCCCCCGGCUCAGAUCUUAACGAAGCCAACGUUGAAGCUUACAAUAAUAUCACACAGACCGUAUUUGGAUACCCUAUUCUUGGGUACUGGUACUAUCACAACCAACCAGUCGGUCACGUCCUUAUGGAUUCAAACUUAGAUUCUGUGUACUCCCUCUUCUACACGUCUAACACGACGAAUUGGGUGGAACACUACAACAAAGUCGGCGCGCUCCAAACGUGGCUAGCAGCAGAUAGAAGAGCAGAAUACGGCAACGAAUUCAUCACCAACGCAACCCGAGAGAUUUGGAAAUCCAUCACUCGAGCACAGGAAGGUUUCGAGGCACCUCUAAGAUGGUACAAAGCAUUCUUACAGGGUAUCAAUUCGGCAGAUGAAGAUGAGAUUCGAUCGACGUCAGGAAUGAUCGAGCAACCUGCUCUCUUUAUCGCAGCGCAAAGGGAUACAGUCGGCGUCCCAGCACUACAAUUGAACAUGACGCUGCCCUUCUCUCCUGCGCUGCAGAUCAGAACUGUUGAUGCUGGACACUUUGUUCACAUUGAGAAAGCCGAAGAAGUUAAUGAGGCACUGCAUGAAUUCUUCCAAAGCCUGUAA